GUCGCUGUUUCCCCGCUGACACCUCGACAGCACGGCAGUGUGGUGGCAGGCAGGCAGCGUCAGCUGGCAGAGGACACACUCAGAUCAACUAGUAAUCGCCGUCUUCCCCCGCACUGCUUACGCUCUCCUCGACUGAAAACCCAACGACAGCACUUCCUAUUUUCUACCGGGAGAGAAACUUUGAAGCCCGUAAACAAGCCAUGCCGCUGGACGCGACAGCCCCGCGGAUAUAAGCGACACUGCGGAGCAGAAAGUAUCUACGACCUCACCGAAACCACAAAGAAGAAGAAGCAGUCGGUGCUUUCUUUUUUCACACUCGGAGGGAAAGACGGCAUCCGGCCUGAGAAGAAGCUCCGAGGUCGGGGACUCCGGUCGGACCAACGCGAAUCGUUUCUGGCCUCCCCUUCCUGAGAGCUCUGUGGAGAAGAUGAAAAGGUUCCGGCGACGUCUCUCUCAGACUCUUCGAGGCAGUCACACCAUCGACGAGUCCCUGUCAGAGCUGGCCGAGCAGAUAACGAUCGAGGAGAACGGCCUGAAGGACAACGCAGAGCCCAUUGUGAGGAACGGCCGUCCUCCAUCAGCCCACAGUGUCCACUCAUUUCUUCACCAGUACACAGGCUCUUUUAAAAAGCCACCGCUCAGACGGCCUCAGAGCGUCAUCGGAGGAGGACUAGGCUCUCUCAUGGUCAUGCCUCGCAAUGGUAGUCGCCUUGAUAUCGUCCACGAGAACCUGAAGAUGGGGUCAGACGGAGAGAGCGACCAGGCAUCCGGGACUUCCUCUGAUGAGGUGCAGUCGCCCACGGGUGUUUGUCUGAGGAACAGAGGGAACAGACGCAUCUCUGCGGAGGACCUGAACAAACGUUUGUCCCUGCCAGCUGACAUCCGGAUACCUGACGGUUACCUGGAGAAGUUUCAAAUGAGCAGCCCACCCUUCGACCAGCCGCUGAGCCGACGCUCCCGCAGAGCAUCACUGUCAGAAAUUGGAUUUGGGAAGCUGGAGACCUACAUCAAACUGGACAAACUGGGGGAGGGCACGUAUGCUACUGUGUACAAGGGGCGGAGUAAGCUGACAGACAACCUCGUGGCGCUGAAAGAGAUCAGACUGGAGCAUGAAGAAGGAGCACCGUGCACGGCUAUCCGAGAAGUGUCUCUACUGAAGGACCUGAAGCACGGCAACAUCGUGACGCUGCACGACAUCGUCCACACAGACAAGUCGCUCACACUGGUGUUUGAAUACCUGGACAAAGACCUUAAGCAGUACAUGGAUGACUGUGGGAACAUCCUGAGCAUGCAGAAUGUCAAGAUUUUCCUCUUCCAGAUCCUGCGAGGCUUAGCCUACUGUCACAGGCGGAAAGUUCUCCACAGAGACCUGAAGCCCCAAAAUCUGCUCAUCAAUGACAGAGGAGAACUAAAACUGGCUGACUUUGGCCUGGCGAGGGCGAAGUCUGUGCCCACUAAAACGUACUCUAACGAGGUGGUAACUCUUUGGUAUCGGCCCCCCGACGUGCUGCUCGGCUCCUCCGAGUACUCCACACAGAUCGACAUGUGGGGUGUGGGCUGUAUAUUCUAUGAGAUGGCUGCAGGCAGGCCGCUGUUCCCGGGCUCCACAGUGGAGGAUGAGCUGCACCUCAUCUUCAGGCUGCUAGGCACUCCUACAGAAGACAGCUGGCCUGGAAUAUCCUCCAUUGAUGAGUUCAAGUCCUACAAGUUCCACAAGUACAAGGCACAGUCCCUCAUUAAUCAUGCCCCCAGGUUGGACAAUGAUGGAAUCGACCUGCUGAUGUCAUUCCUAAAGUAUGAAUCGAAGAAGAGGAUCUCUGCUGAUGAAGCAAUGAGGCAGCCAUACUUCAGGAGCCUGGGGCCACGUGUGCACACGCUGCCAGAGACCGUAUCCAUAUUCACACUGAAGGAGGUGCAGCUGCAGAGAGAUCCCGGCUAUCGGAACUCCUCAUACCCCGAAUCAGGCAAUGGAAAAAGCAGAAGACAAAGCAUGCUGUUUUAAAAUCUCUGGACUGGAUACAGUUAUUUGGGAACGAUAUACUGGCUGUACAGUCUUGCCGCUGGAUCAGAACGCGGAGAUGAGAG